AUGCUUAUUGGAUCAAGGUUCAACGGCUUCGCUUAUCACGGAGGCCGCUGUCCAAGCUCUUGGACUGAAGAAGAUACCCAACAAGAGGUGUAUAGUCAGAUAUUAGUAGAAGGUCUUAUCAAAGGUCCGCCCGGGUGUCCUGUAGCGCAGAAAACCUUACUGGGCUGGAUCUUAUCUGGUAAAAUUCAAUCAGAUGAGUCUGAAUCGCACCAGGUUACGAACGUCAUCGUCAGCAUGCACGCCCAGUCUAAAGAGGACAAUACGGUAAGAAAAUUCUGGGAGUUAGAAUCGGAUGUGGUUUCUGACAAGAAGAAAAUGCUGACUGGCGAUAAAGUUAUGUGUAAAACGAUUUUAGAGAAAACAGUCUCUAGAAAUAAUGGUGGUCGAUACGUGGCGAAGAGUCCUUUUUGUGAAGACAAUCCAACCGGUAAACAUCGGAAGUUAAGAGAAAUUGCCAUGAAGAAAUUGCCGGAGUUGGUUCCUGAUGAGCAAUGCAAUGAGCCUGAUGUAGUAUAUUUACAGCAUCACGCCGUAGUUCUUAAAGAUAAAUCAACGACAAAAGUAAGAAUUGUCAUCGAUGCGUCUUGCUCGGGCAUUACCGAAGUAAGCUUAAACAAUGAUCUCAUUGUAGGUCCAUCACUUCAACUUACUCUGAAGCAUAUCAUUUUGCGAUGGCAAAACCAUCCACUCUGUUUGGUAUCGGAUAUUGCUAAGAUAUAUCAACAAGUUAAAGUUACACCAGAAGAUGCAGACCAGUUUCAGAGUAUUUGGUGGAGAGAUAAAUCUGGAACAACACAACAGGACAGAAUGUCACGUGUUACGUUUAGGAUAGUACAUGCACCUUACCCUGCUGCUAAUAUCCUGCAGCAACUAGUCACAAAUGAAGAUGUAUACAACGCUGCGGCUGUAGAGAAAAUCCUGCAAGACAUUUACACGAAUGACCUCAUGACGAGCUAUCAAACAGUAGAAGAGUGCAUACAAUUAAAAAAUGAAAUAAGUUAUAUCUUAGAAAAGGGAGGAAUAGUGGUACAGAAAGGAGCUAGCAGUAGUAAAGCAACUAUGGAGAAAUUAGAAAAGGGAAGAGGAAACAAGCAGACAGAGUUAGAAAUAGGAACUGAAAAAGAACUUGAAGUUACACAGAAAGUAUUAGGACUUACUUGGGAUAGCAGUACCUACAACUUUAAAUAUAGUAUCCGUCUCCCUCCUAUACAACUUCCAGUAACGAAGAAGAAGGUUAUUCCGGACAUUUUGCGUUGGUUCGAUCCUUUAGGAUGGAUCGCCCGAACUAUCUUAUCUUCAAUGUUUGCUCACGUACGAUCAAGGAUGAAAGAUAUCUGCCGAUGGUGA